AUGCGAAAUGUCGCGUAUGCCCGCAGAAUGGGAGGUCGACAAUGCUGCGAUGUCUUCUUAGCGCAUUACGAGGGAACCUCCAAUGGCUGGGAUCGGGACUGGUAUGCGAGCGAAGUGACGUCUAGCAUUCAGAAGCCCGGUUACAAAUUUAAGUUUCUGCAGGAGGCGUACAGAGAAGAGUGGACCCAGAAAUAUGAAUUUGUUUGGGCCUUGGAUAGUGACAUAGACUUCACCGGAGUGAAUCUGGUAGAGCUUUUUCAGCUUGCCCGCUCAUCUGGCUCUCUGAUCGUCGGGCCCACCUUUUCCGGAGACCAGGCCUGGAAGACCUAUGCCACAGAUCUGCUGCAGCAGGAUGGGGCCAGAAAGGCCCUCAUGCGGCAUGAUGUUGGGCAGCAGAUCAACGUGCUUGGCAAGCCUGAUCCGCGUUGCAUGAUGCGGCACACAGACUUCGUGGAGAUGACAGCACCGCUGCUCUCCUCCAUGGUCUUGUCACUCAUCCUGAAGGAUUGUAUUGAUUGCAUCCACGAUCGAGCUGAAUGGGGGCUUGACAGGGUAUGGUGCGAAAUGGCAUCAGAGAAGUUCUCAGUUUCCGCAUGCACUCUGCUGGAUGCAACACCAGUUCGCCAUCUCGACUGGCAAACUGCCAAAGUCACACCAGAAUUCAAAGAUGCUGAAAGGAAGGUCAAGGAAAGGUAUGCCAAGUACUGGGCCCAAGUGCGAAAUAUUGACUGCAUGCUGGCGCACAAGCAGAGACGGCAAGGCAUCAUUUUGCGAACGGACAUGCAGAAGGAUCCGGAGGUCUCGCAGAUCGUGGCGUAUUCCAAGUUUGUGGUCGCGUACUUCCUGCAGCAGGAUGGCCCAAGCCCCGGCUGGCGGAAGGCGAACAUCGAGGGCCCCGUGUACCUGGUCCGCCGGAGAAGUGCGCCGCUGUAUCAGAUCAUAGUGAAAAACCAGUUCAGCACCAGCGAUCUCAUCGACAACCUGCAUCCGGACUGGGAGCUGGACUGCCAGAAGAACUACAUCUUCUACAAAAUUGAAGAUCCGAACAAGCAGAUUCGAGGCCUGUGGUUCCACAAUGACACCGAGCGCGUGAAGAUUGAGACCGUGCUCGAGCAAACCAUGGAAGAGCUUCGAAAUAAGCCGAUGGAUGCACCGAAACCUGCGGCCCCUUGGAGCGAGAGAUGA